GAAACUAUACCCAACCAAUUGCAAUUUGAUACCCGUUAAAGGCACUGUUUCCCUCACAUCCGUAUUUUCUCUCCUUAUCGUCGUUGAUAAUGCUGGCUUCGCAAUCUUAUCUUCUGAACACCGUUUAUGUAAAAGGAUUCAAACCUUCUAUAUAUAAGCGAACCAGUUUCAAUGUUUCUGAAAGAUCAAGUUAUCUAACGAAGAGACCUGCAAAUAGGCGAUCUCAAAUCUUGCAAUGUAGUGCAGGCACUGAAUUCUUAACACUGCAAUCAGCGGCGACUUCACUGACGGCCUCUUUUGACUCAAAUGCAAUUUCCGAUCCUCUAAAGCAGGCCACAACAGAAAUAACACAUGCACUUACUCUUGAAAACUUCAACUUUAGGCUGGUUCUUGCAGAUUUGGAUCCUGCUACUGCAAAGCUAGCAAUUGGGUUUUUAGGUCCCUUUCUGUCAGUCUUUGGAUUUCUGUUUAUCUUGAGGAUAGUCAUGUCCUGGUACCCCAAGCUUCCUGUGGGCAAGUUCCCAUAUGUGAUAGCUUAUGCUCCCACAGAGCCACUUCUUGUUCAGACCCGCAAAGUGAUCCCUCCGCUUGCCGGUGUGGACGUGACUCCUGUGGUUUGGUUCGGUUUAAUUAGUUUUCUUAAUGAAAUAUUGGUGGGACCUCAAGGGUUGCUUGUUCUUCUUUCUCAGCAAGUCAAUUAGCUUACAUGUCAGAUUUGGGUACAUCACCAGAUUGUAUUCCAUUGUUCCUUUGAGGACAUCCGAUAAAAUUGGAUCAAUCCGGAGAUUGUAUCCAUCAAAUUCUUGUCAUUGGAUGUAUAUGAGUGUACAAAUUUGGCCAUUUUGUUGUGCUAGUGGCUUCAGUAGUUAAGUGCUAAUGAGAUGGUUGAGUGCAGACUAGAGAGUAAUCAAAAUCCUUUACUUCUAGAUUCAGAUCUUAUGAUUCCAGAAAUCAACAAUGAGUCAAUGGUUGAAUUAAUACCAACAAUAGCUCUAUAUCGUGUAAUUCACAAUUUAAA